ACAAGGUCGUGUUGAUAUUUAGACAUUACGUUAUCGGAAGUAGAAUGACGAAAUUAUUGCAAAUUCGAACACCGUUAGGGGUUUUAAAAUUUCAUAUAAGAUAUUGAGAUGAAUCAUUAGUGAAUUGAUGAAUGAUGUGUUACUACAUUUCGACGUGAUUUUAAAACAUUGAAGAGUAUGAAAUGACACCAAGGGCAAGGGUUAACGAAUAUCCUCCCGGAAGUUAAAGGUUGAAAACAGAAAUGGCAGGCAACACCAGCUACCCUGAUAGUAGAAAUAUUCCUUUGACUUUGACGGCAAAGUAUGCCUCAUCGUGGGGAACAUGGGAAGGAAUACGCGAACUUGUCCAGAACUGGCAUGAUGGGAUAUAUGGUUCCAUUAGCCAGAGAGGAAUUUCCUUGAUUUCUGAAUAUGAGAUUGUUUUUUGUGAGGAAGGAAGCAGUAACAGAUUCAAAGCCUGCCUCGUGAUAUCUGACACAAAAGAAGAAAUACUUCUGGGUCGAUUAAUAUACAACCAAUUAGAAAGCAAGCUGACCCUCAUCAACAGCUUUACCCAACUUCAUAAGAAAAUCCUGUUGCUAGGAUACAGCGGCAAAUCAUCUAGUAAAGAAAUCAUUGGGCAAUUUGGAGAAGGGUUAAAGGUCGGAGCGCUAGCAUUGGUCAGGAAUGGGCAUCUUGUUACCAUGGAAACAUGCAAGGAUCAAUGGAAGUUUGAUUUGAAAUAUAAUGAAGAAUUCGGAGAAAAAGUUUUGACAGUUGUUGUAACAGAGAGAAUUACAAGUGAAGGACUAGAUAGAAUAGGUGAACAAAAAAAUGGAAAUGUACAACCAUCUGAUACAUGUACUACUAUCACUGGAGUUGAUGACUGGAAAACUUAUCUUGCCAGAUUCCUAUUUCUUCAACCGCCAGUAGAAAGUGUGAAAACUCAACUUGGUAGUUUGCUGUUGGAUGAGAGUCUAGCGGGACAGAUGUAUGUCAAAGGAUUGUGGGUAUCUGACCUCAGUCAGGAAGACCUGGCAGCCGGCGUUGAUUUCACUUCCCUCCAACUGGAUCGUGAUAGAAACGCUGUCCCAAAACCGAGUGAAAUCGACCACAUGAUGAGUGGAAUUUGGAUCAAAGCUAUAGAGAGACGACCAGACCUUGUCAAUAGAUACUUUCAUUUGCUGAAAUCUGAACGAUACAGAGAUGUCCGCCAUGCUGCUGAGUACAGUACAGAAGAUUUUGCUAAAUCGAUUGCGUCUGUUUUUCUGAAUGAGUUUGGUGACCAUGCCUUCCCCUUGUUAAAUAGUAGCUCAGCUGAAGACAUGGCCUCUGUCAGUGAAGAACUCCGCCUGAUGACCAUCCUUUGUAACCAGACUAUGUAUGAGAUCCUGAUGAAGUCUGGGUCCUACAGGUCACUGGAGAGUGCUCUGGAGGCAAACAGAGCAAAGCAGAGGAAACCUGUUGCAUUCUUCUCCCUGACCCAAAUUGAAGUCGCUGUGCUGGAAUCAGCUGUAGAGCUAGCGAGACUGGUCGACACUUCGGUGGAUAUUUCCCUGUUGGAUAUAAUAGAAACAAGUCUUACAGAGAGUCGGGCCAUUUCUACUGUACACUGCUACCUUAAAGCGGGAGUUCCGAUUCUGACUAUGAAAAAUACAUGCUCAAGUGAUGGCUCCAGAAUUUCCGUCCCAAGAUGGUACUUGGAUAAAUCUUGUGUUCACAAGAGGGGAUCUCUAUGUGGCAGAACCAACGAAACAAUGGAAAAGGAAGAAUGUAAAUGCUGUGAGGUUGUUCUGUGUGCAGCCAUUCUGGGUCUGAGAAAGCAGGACAUGUACUCUCCUUUCAUGUUUCUUGUUCAGAAAUUGAUUACCAAGAGUUCAAACGGAAAACCACUGAGCAGACGGCAAAAAAUCAAAGAUGGUGUCUCGGACAGGAGCACUUUGAACAAUGAAGUAUUUAUUGCCAGGGAGACGAAAUUAUUGGAGAAGAUACAACAACUGGAGGAGGCUUUGUCAAAAGAAAAACAGAAUGGAAUUGAUAAAUUAGUGAAAGUCAGGAAAAAACUGAAAGAGGCUGAGCAACAUCUGACUCGGAGAGAAAUUUCUGUUAUUGAUGAAGAGGCGCGAAUACAAGAAAGUUAUAAAACAGAAAUUGAACAAUGGAAGAAAAAGUCGCAGGCAAAAUUAGGAGAGCUUGAACGUUCACUGGUGAGGAAAGAUGACAUCAUUGUGAACCUUCAGACAACUGUGGACUUCAAACAAUCACAGCUGACUACAGCACAGAAACAGUUAGAAGCCAGUGAUGCAGCAUCAGAAAGGAAGGUGGGGUGUCUGGUGGAUGAGCUGAUGCACUAUAUAUCACAGAAUCGUAACAGGACAAAAAGUCUUUCAAAAUUAUGUGCGGAGCAGUGCCAAAAUAUUCAAGAGGAUGAGUCAAAGGAGAAAUGGCAGCUACUACAGGAACUAUGUGACACCAUUUUACAGGAGCUACAGGAAGAGAAGGUUCUAUGUUCCGUGUGUAAACGCAAAAGGAAGGAAUGCAUCAUACAGCCCUGUGGUCAUUACUGCUUGUGUGGUCAGUGUGCAGAGACACUUAUGUCCCGCAAUCAAGACUGUCCAAUCUGCCGAUCUAAAAUGGACAUCUGUCUCAAGGUGUAUGAGACUUGACUUUUUUCUGUGAUAAGCAAAGUUGGUGCAAUCAGAUUUUGAAAUAGUAUCGGUAGACUCCUGAGAAAGCAGUGGACAUGCAAUUGGAGAAUGUUUUUUGGGGAUUGGGGCAUUUGGAACGGUCUGGGCAAAUGUUGAGAAAAGGAAAAUAUAUGUCUCUUUUUUUUUAAUUCUCUGUGUUUGGGGGUAUCUUGAGGUCUACCGUAAAAAUUACUUGAUGUUUCAAAAAGUAUGAAUAUUUUUUGUUUUCAAUAUUAUGUAUAUCAAAAUGUUCCUAUUAUAUAUUUGUAAAUUAUGGACUGGUGAUAUUGAUGGAGACAAAGUGGAGGUCAAUAUCACUUGUUCAGGUCGAUAUAACCACAUAUUUACUGAAAUAAAAGUUCUUAAUUGGUGUUUUAGAUGAUAAAUACUUUUUCAAUCAUAAAACAAGUUAGAACAUUUGAAAUUAUUUGGAGGAAAAGUACUGCAUUUGGCAGAAAGUAUUGUGACGUUACAAAUGAAAUGACCUCAUAAAGUGAAUAUUGACCUGUUGUUUCUAAAAAUACUAACAUCGAUUUAAUAUCACAAAUCACGGACCUCCGUGUGAUUAUACAACCAAUGAUGAUGUAGGAGAAUGUGCUGAUCUUAUAGUACUGGCUAUAUUAACAGAGGCAAUGUAGUUUAGUGGUAGGACGGCGCGCUCGAGACCGAAAGGUUGCGGGUUCGAGUCACGUCACGGCACUGUGUUGUAUCUUUGAACAAGAUACUUUACUUUACUUUAGCAGAUAAAAUCUACACCACUAUGAUUUAGCAUUUAUAUAUAUAUAUAUAUUAUUAAAACUUGUUAUGGAAACCAAUCAGAGAGCAGGGUUUAGUGUGAAAAAUAGCAAGCAAUAGGCAUCAACAAUCAAUGUCAUUGAUGCCGUGACGUUACCUUAUUUUGACGUCGCGAGAUCGGAGGGUCCCGGGUUCCAAUCCCGGUAUAUGGCCCUGCAUUUUGCAUUUCCUCUAACACAUUGUCUCUAAAACGUGAGGCGGGGGAGGUACGUUUUUUCAAGGAAACCUUGUCUUUACAAAGAAAACUAUAAUAAAAGAUGUAUACAUUAGCAUUAACGGUCUACCUGAGCGCACAUCUUCGCUAACCUUGAUGUUUGCUGACGACACUAAAUUAUAUAUAAUAGGUGGCGAUACCUAUGAAACUAACUCUUGGUCGGUUAAUGGUUGUUAAUUUUCCAUCCAUAGUUUAGACCGUAUCAACAACAUACUGACAGGGAAGCGCAUGUUCACUAAGUUUUGGCUGACGUUCUGAAAUGUAAUGUCAGCUCAGUUAUUAAGAAACAUGUCGUCUGAAAAGCGUUGUAAAUAUCUACGGCAAGUGACACCACUUGUAAACAAAAGUUGUGGGUGGCAGAGUGUCGCAGUGGAAAGCGCAAAAAAAUCACUGGGAAGGGGGAAUCAUAUUUAUAAGGAUCCCAGCCCCACUAUAGGGACAUGCAAUUUUGGUACAUAUAGUAACAUCCUCUUAAAAUAUAAACAUUAUUUAUUUCACAACAACUUUGAAACAAGUUAUUUCAACUUAUAUUAAUCACUUUUGUUGGCAUUUUGGGAGAAAACCUUGAACGUGGUCUGGCAAGUUACCCCAUACUUUCAACGCCCCCCGCCCCGUUGUAAUCUCUAAAAUCGAUAAGGUACCAGAACGUGGCCUAUAUAACUAAAUCUGUCUUUAAAAGAAAACAACUCUUUCGACACUCGUUCACAGACGUUUAAACAAAACCAAGACAAAGAUGGACAUCCAAACAUUUCGUUUAUUGUUCCUUUUCAUCGCGAAAUCUGAAGGUUUCUUAAUGAAUAAUAUGGGAAGCUUGACACCACUCACUUCCGGUUCCGGUUCUUCAACAACAGCAACCGAAAAACUCGGUAUGGCCGUUUCGUUGAUUUAAGUACAUAAAUGUCGUGUAUUUUUUUAUAAAUUUAACCUUCAUUGAAUGUCAAUGAAGCUUUUUCUAUAAAAUAAGGACAUUUCUAUAAGAGAAUGUUGAAAUUUCUAUAAAAGAUGUGGAUAUUUCUAUAAAAGAUGUGGACAUUCCUAUGAAGACGUGGUUGUUUCUAUAAAAAAAACGUGGACUUUUCUAUAAAAAGAAUAUGUGGGUGUUUUUAUAAAAGACGGAGGUAUUUCUAUAAAAGAUGAUAUUGUUUCUAUAAAGGACAUUGGCAUUUCUAUAUGGAUAAUGAUAUGGACGUUUUGUUUUUUAAAAGACGUAGGCAUUUUUAUACAAUUUCAUUUUGCCUAUCUCCCCCAUAAUAUCUUUUUCUGGUAUAUAUCGUUUAUACAUAAAAAGAAAAACAACUGAUGACGGAACUACUUUUUACACUUCAGAAUGCAAAAUUACAACGCAGCU